UUCACAAAGGGGUCGGUCAGUCAAGACUCAAGACUGAAGAGUUUGGUAUCGCAUUGUUUUAAGGAUUCCGAAAGCAUAUCUCUUCACGUUUUCACAUCUUCCAUUACAUAAACCUCUUAAUUUAAUUUUGUCAAUCUUGCAUCAUUUCUCAAUUAACAAUUAAACACACCAUCUUCUCCAAGCAAUUCUCCAUUUUUUUUCCUGAAUAUCAAAGUGCCAAAAUCUGGUUGUAUAUUGAUUGAGUAGGAGAUCUGAGAAAUGGCAUCCAACGGAGAUAAGCAAUCAGGAACCAAGCCACCCCCUCCCCCUUCUCCUUUGAGAAAUUCUAAGUUUUUUCAGUCAAACAUGAGAAUUUUGGUUACGGGAGGAGCAGGAUUUAUUGGCUCCCACCUGGUGGAUAGAUUGAUGGAAAAUGAAAAGAAUGAGGUGAUUGUUGUUGAUAAUUACUUUACUGGUUCGAAGGACAACCUUAAGAAAUGGAUUGGACAUCCAAGAUUUGAGCUUAUCCGUCAUGAUGUCACAGAGACAUUACUGGUUGAGGUUGAUCAGAUAUAUCACCUUGCAUGCCCUGCGUCACCAAUUUUUUACAAGCACAACCCUGUAAAGACAAUCAAGACAAAUGUGAUGGGUACUUUGAAUAUGCUAGGACUUGCCAAGCGUGUUGGAGCCAGGAUUCUGCUUACUUCUACAUCAGAGGUGUAUGGUGAUCCCCUUGUGCAUCCUCAACCCGAAACUUACUGGGGAAAUGUUAACCCAAUUGGAGUUCGGAGUUGUUAUGAUGAAGGAAAACGUGUUGCUGAAACCUUGAUGUUUGACUAUCACAGACAGCACGGGAUUGAAAUCCGUGUAGCCCGAAUUUUCAAUACUUAUGGGCCUCGCAUGAAUAUCGAUGAUGGCCGUGUUGUCAGCAACUUCAUUGCUCAAGCACUUCGGGAUGAACCAUUAACAGUUCAGGCUCCUGGAACUCAGACUCGGAGUUUCUGCUUUGUGUCUGACAUGGUGGAUGGUCUAAUCAGACUCAUGGAAGGAGAGCACACCGGGCCAAUCAAUAUUGGAAAUCCUGGUGAAUUCACCAUGCUUGAACUUGCUGAGACUGUGAAAGAGCUGAUCAAUCCAAAAGUGAAGAUCAUCUCAGUGGAAAAUACACCCGAUGACCCAAGACAAAGGAAGCCGGAUAUAACAACAGCCAUGGAAUUGCUUGGUUGGGAGCCAAAGGUGAAAUUGAGGGAAGGACUCCCUCUUAUGGAAGAGGAUUUCCGCCUGAGGCUCGGAGUUCCCAAGAAUUGAACACGGUGACUUUUAAGUCUGUCUUUGUUAUACGAGUGGUGAGAGACAACGAGAAGAGUCGGUAAAAGAAAAGUUGGCGAAGUGGGCGUUUUUGUGAGUGUUUUUUCAAAAGUAGAGGAUUGCUUGAUAUUACCAUUUUGCUUCUAUCCUUGUCGUGUCAAAAAAUAGUCUAGGGGAACUCUGACUGUUCCCCUGUCGUUCAUUUUCUAUAAUCAUCAAUAUAUGAAGUUUCUCAUUCUAAAGUA